UUGAAGAAAAAAUUAGAAGUUGAUAGCCAAUACUCAUAACCUUAAAAAUAGUUGUAGAUACAAGUACUCAUACAUGUUAAGAUGGAGCAUUCAGUCUCAAAUGAUGUGGGAUAGAUAAAAUCCAGUUUCCAUGUCCAUAAGCGUUUCAAAGGGUCAACAUCCAUUCACAAAAGCUGUCGCCAUAUCCAUAUAGACAUAUUAUAUAGUAUUCCAAGACGACUUUGUAAGAAGAUGUUUCUGAGUACAUUUUCCAUCUCUCAAACAAUGGCCACAAAUGUUAUGAAACAAAUAAAAUGCAGGAAAUAUGUAGGAAAAGAACAACGAGGACGGGCACCCACUACAAACUUCCUGAUGGCAUUAAAAAUGAGGUUAGACGACACACUGAAGCCAUUCUAAGGAUGGCCUCACAUUAUACGGGGAGAGACACAAACAAGGAAUACCUUGAGUUGGGCCUUAAUGUGAAGAAGAUGCAUGCACUGUUUGUUGAAGAGUGCAAACAAUUCAAUAAGACUACUGUCAACAAACGCAUGUAUAGAGAAAUAUUUAAGGAGAAUUACAACAUAGCAUUCUAUAAGCCCAAAAAGAUCAAUGCCAAUUAUGUUCUAAUUUUGAUGAAAGCAGUAAAGAUCCUGGGCCAGGGUAUGAGAAACUGAAAUCUGAGUACAUUGCACACUUCCAGAGAAAGGAUAGAGCCAGGGCUGAGAAACAAAAUGAUAAAAAAAUUGCUAAAGGCAAAUCACAACACACUAACAUUUGACAUGGCGGCAGUGCUUGCCACUCCAUGUGGACGUGUAUCCCAAGAGAAAAUGGCCUCCUAC